UAAUCAGGUUCAUAAGCCCCAAGGCUCAUAUCGGUGUCUCUGAGGUGAGUACAGGGGGGUCACCGUCCAACACGCCAGCUCUCAAACAGGUCAGGCUCAACAGAAGGCACACAGGUUGCAUUCAACUAAAGCGACAAGUGACGGUAACUUUCGUGGUCUCCUCGUGAUCAGUGCGGUCCGGGAGACUGAACCCAGUACCAGUGCUUCAUCUGUGCCGUUACCAUGGCAAUGGAGGCAGAUUCUCUGAGCUCCCCCGGGAGCCCGGUGUCCCGGGAUGACCCGGGCCUGUGGAUGACGCUGGACCUCCACCCUGACCCUCGACCCCCCCGUCCGACCUCCGCCCAGACACAUGGAUCGGACCUGGGGGCCGGUGCUGCCUCUGGCGUCGCCGGUGUAGAGGCUCAGGUCUACGUCUUCCUGCCUCCUCCACGACGGUGCACUGCACCACCACCACCACCAGGAGAAGCUACGCCACCGACUCACACCCCUGCCCAUGAUCCUUGCGUGAGCUGUCCCGCUGGAGGGACAGGUGAGGUCACGCAGGCUAAGGGAAAUCCUGCCGGCUUAGGGAGGCGCCCUGCCGAGAGACAGACGGUGGCUGAGCACAGCGAGGUCACGGACGAGGAAACAGGCAGCGAGAGAGAGAGGAACCGGGACCCAGAAGAUCAACAGCAGCCAGGGGAUAUGGAAACCGAAACCGCCUGUGAAGAGAAGGACGCCAAUACGGCACAACACAUUGAAAGCCUGAUUAUGGCGGGCGGAGUCGAAACCCUGGCGCAAACGAGCAGCGAUGCAUCAGAGCAACCGCGCAGUCCCGACACGUCGAAGGACCCUGAAGAGGGAUCUGUGAGCCAUUCUGGUCGGAUGGGGGUAACUAUCUCCACUGAGGAAUACAAGGCCUCGACCUCCCCCCCUUCAGACCUGGAGGACGGUCGAGAGGUAGAGGAGUGCGGCACCCUGUUACCUUCAGGGCAGAACAAAUCUCUUCCCCCGGAGAUUACAUCUCCGGGGGAAAGUGAGGACACCUCUUCUGUCUCUGCUGGCACAAACGCUCUCAGCCCAACAAAUGGGGGACUUGACUGCCUUGCUUCAGAUGUGACAGACCUAACAGACAUUGAGUCCGCUCAGGAAGACAACCGUCACCCAGAAAACAUCAUGGAGGUACCAGAUAUUGUCGAACCGCUGGACAGUGACACGGUGAAGGAACAGUUGGGAGUCAGGAGGCAGAGUGACAACCUGCCAUCCCUUUCCACCCACCUCGCUGUCGAGUCCUCCGCCGACCAACACACUGAGCUCCUGCUCCCCACGCCGGAACCUGGCCGUCGACAGAGUCAGAGCGACGGGAGCGAGGCCAUCUCCUACGUGAUCCAGCAGGGGGAACUGCUGCUUCAGCGGCUGCAGUACGUCCAGGACAGACAGGACACGCAGCCACCCACCACACCGCCCGCCGGGGUCUCAGCCAAUCAGACGGCUGAUGAAGGAGAGGAAGGGGAGCUGGAGAGCGGUGCAGCGUGGAGUGAGGGGGAGAGUUUGGGAGCGGGGGAGGAGGGCGGGGCUUAUGAAGUCGAACUAAGGGUGGAGCACAGAUCAACCCUGGUGGGAGAGGAUGAAGAGUGUGGACGGACCGAGGGACAGGGAGAGAUCGAAAGGACUGAAGAGGGUGUUAUCAAAGAGGGGUUGGUAGCGAUACCGGUGGAUCCCACCCUAGCCCCCCGCCCUCACCUCGGGGUCCCACGGUUAGAGAACAUCCCAAGCGAUCAUCAGAGUGACACCGGGGUCUCGGCGGACGUCUCCCCGACGCAUGCGCAGGAGGCACCGACCCUCACCGAGACCCCCGUUGUGGAGAUCAACCCCGAUGUGCUGGAGAUUCCCUUCAAGACCCCUAUCCUCCUCAAAGAGCUGCAGGGCGGAGAAACCGGCACGGCCAGGUGCCUGACCCGGCAGCUCUCGGAGAAGAAGAUGCAGAAGGAGAUCAGCCAGGAGCGGCAGAGGGAGCUGGUGCUGGUCAACCAGGGCACCAUCCCCGGGGAGUACCGCAAGGAGGGGACCCGGCAACUGAAGGAGACCAAGAAGCUCUUCGAGGGCCUCCUGCAGGGCUCCGCCGAGGGGGCGGUCAGGCUCAGUAAAACCACCUUCACAGACCCCGUCUACCCCUCGGUUCUGGAGCGCACCCGCAGCAUGGAGAUGCUGUCUCUGCGGGGCCAGCCGGUCUGCCGGACCCAGUCCCUCAGGGUACCCCGAUCCGAGGCCACCAACGGGGGGUGGAGGAGGGAGAGGUGCCGGUCCCGGAGCCCUGUCGCAGGGCCCUACCACAGGCUCGAGCACAAUCUGCGCCAUCACAGGAGCAUGGACUCUCUGAGCGUUGAGGCCCUGGCGUCCAAGCAGGGGAGCCGGAACACGGCUAAAAAGCUGCAGCCCUUUCUGGGGGCGAACCCGUUCGUCAAGCUGCGGCCUGCGCUGGCCCGCCAGCCGGAGGUCCAGAAGGACAUCCAGGAGUCCAGGGAGCGAGAGGAGGAGCUGCGCAGACAGAGGUGUGCCCUGUACGGAGAGAGCAUGGAGCCCCAGGAGGACGAGGACCCAGCAGCACCCACAGACAGCAGCACAGCAGCAGAUCCCAGGCAGCAGUCCAAGGGGAAAUUGGACCGGAUUUGGCCGCCACCGCCCAGGGCAGGCGGGCCGAGCUCUGGCCAGACACAGGGGCCCCGGGCUUCCAGACCGGGGGGUCAUGUGACCGGGCUGUCCCAGCGCUGGGAAGCGGCCAGUCGCCCCAGUACAGACCAGUCGUAAUCAUUGACCAGAUGACCUUUGACCUCUGAAAGGACCACGGCAACCUUGCUGCACCGACCGAUGUGGACGACCUGAUUUCUGAAACACAUCAAACUCUGUUGUCAUGACGAUGCGUUCCGUAAUGUCAACGGUGUUGUCAUGGCGUUCCUGUUCCAUUCCGUUCUCUUGAGUAGCUUUGUUCAUCUUAUUUUGCUCUCAACUGUGUUCUCUAGAUCCCAUUCAGACAGGCUUUGGAUUAACUGUAUACUCAUAAAGUUUGUAUAAAUCCCUAUUUUAUAGCUCAAAUUGACAUGCAAGUAAAGAAAUAUCAUGAGUACAUCUGGAA